CCAAGUAGCAAGUAACCAAGAGCACGACCUGAAAGCGCUCUUCUAGUCGUCCUGAGCUCGUUUCCUCUUUCACCGUGUUUUUUUUACUGAUUUUCUGCUAGCAGGCGAGCCUGUGUCAGUUCUGGCGAAAACUAGAACUAACUUACUAGUUUUACUUGGACACCGUGGAACGUUGGUGAACGUGUCUAAUGAAAUCUGGGGACAUGACAAGACUACGCCCACCAAAUUUAACGAUCCAACCAAAAUCACACUCGUUUGAAUCCGAGUCGAAUGGAUUUCUCGAUACUUCUUCUGACUCAAUAUCAGAAUCUCCGCUCGCGUCAGACGAUGAGCUCCUGCAACUAUCUUCACCUUCAUCCUUCUCGAGCCCCAUAGCCUUGAACAUUCCUGAUGCCGAAGAGUUAUCGCGGGACUUGGCAGAACUGGCUCAGUUACGCCAAUCAGUGCAGAAAAACCUUCGACUCAGACCCAUUCGUUCGUUUAGCAGACUACCGAAGACUGCUGUUCCAAACAUCACCACUAACCCAUGGCAUAAAGAUAAACACGACAAUCACCAGCGUUUCGAUUCAGAUUCUUCCUCUCCAAAAAGUGCAGGUAGCACGUACCUUACUCCCGUCGAAUUCCCCACUCCUCCUGCAUCCUCUCCCCCCGAUCCUCCAAUCCGUACCCGGAAAACUCCACAACGCUCUGUGUCUAUGCCCUCCCCCCGCAUGCCAACUUCUGCUAUGGAUCCUGCUGAACUACAUACCCGCCUUGCCUCUCCUACUCGCCCACUUCUCAUCGAUACCCGCCCUCUCGCCGCCUAUGCCGCGACUCACCUUUUAGGAAGUAUUAAUAUUGCCAUGCCGUCUCUCAUUCUCAAGCGCUCAAAACGUACAAUACCUACGUUCGCAUCUCUUCGCCAGUUCAUCACCAGUGACGAGGGAAAGGACGUUUUUGAUGCCUGGGAUAUUGGCGGAGAUGUCGUCAUCGUUCAUGGGGAAGAGACUGAUGAACGGGAGCAAAAUCAUACGGGUGUCAUUGCAUGGGCCCUGUUGUCACUCCUUGCAGGGUUGCUGAGCCCCGAAAAGGUGUGGUAUCUCCGUGGAGGAAUUGUAGGUGCUCAACUUCAUGCGCGACUCCGAAAGUACAUCACCAAUACGCCCCGUUCGCCCUCUUCUCCUUCCAAAGCCUCUUUGCAACCACCAAAACCACCCAAGAGUGCAAAGGGAAGGGCAUUCCUUCAACUUGACACCCACAGUGCUGGGCCUAGUAGCAGUGUGCAAAUCGAGCAGGAAGAUCAUGGUCAUGGGGGCGAAGUGGAAAGACCAGGACACUCCCCAUUACCUGCUAUACCUGGGCUCUCGCUCACCCUUGACAGCCCUAUGAAAACCGACCCUCCGCCCUCCCGACUUUCCUUUCGCCGUCCACAUCCCCCACGGAGGUCAAAUGCUUCGAAUCUUAGCGUUGAGAGUGUCAAGGCAGACGGAACCUGCGAUGCAGCAAACGGUAGUGUGGAGGGUGGGCAGGCUCUGAUGAAACUCCCCAAACACGCUGUGACAACUCUCCCGCGGCUUCAGAUUCACACAGCUCCUUCGCGCAGUUCAACCCUCCCCAUCACACCCUCGCAACAGGUCGUAUUCCUCCACCCACCGCCCGCAUCCCCGUCACAUCUCACGCUUCUCCAUUCGAAUCAUACACCUCCGGCGAGCGCAUUUAACUCGAGUUUCAAUCUCAAUCUCACCAAUGGUAGCUGUAUUGGGAACGCGAGCCCACCUCCACCAAUGCCUAUGACACCAUCCACUGCACGGCCGACGCCAACAACAUCCACGCCCUGCACUACAUCCUCCGAUGCCGAAAACGAGCGCGAAGAGUUCAUUAUCUCUACGAUCCUCCCUAACUUCCUCUUCCUCGGGCCUGAACUCAUUUUGCCUUCACAUGUUUCGGAACUGGAAUCCCUGGGCGUGAAGCGAAUCAUUAACAUUGCGGCUGAGUGCAUAGACGAUCGCGGUCUAAUGCUUCGAGAACGGUUCGAGCGGUACGUGCAUAUUCCAAUGAGGGAUUGUGUCGAGGAAGAAGGAGUGCGUAAAGGGUUGAGUGAGGCCUGUGAUGUGCUUGACGAGGCCGCUCUCUACAACGCACCCACUUAUGUGCACUGCAAAGCCGGUAAAUCGCGUAGCGUCACGGCAGUAAUGGCGUACCUCAUCCACAGUCACCACUGGCCGCUGGCGCGUGCAUACCAGUUCGUCUUAGAGCGCCGCAAAGGCAUCAGCCCGAACAUCGGGUUUGUGAGCGAACUCAUGGCAUUUGAGGAAGCAGAGCUCGGACGUAUAACGAAAGCCAAGCCGUCUGCUGCGGUGGGUGAAAGCAAUGUUGGCGACGUCGGCGUGGGCACCGGGAGGCGGCCAGCGCAUGUGAGGGAGAGCUUACCCCCAAUGCCUUCGUGGGACCGCGAGGAGGAAGAAGCAGGGGAGGAAAUGGGCCAGGACAUGGAGAUAAGGGACCGGGAGGGGCGGUAUCGACAUGUCAGGCGGGCACCAGUGGAUGAGAACACUUUGCAGCCGAUGAGGCGAGUGAGUAAGGCAGGUCUCGAGAGUGCCGGAUCGAUACCAGUACUAAAUGGGGAUGACGAGGAUUGGACGUGAUGCUACAUAGGAACUAGGUCAUACCUUGAUGGGUUGUUUUCUGAUUGGGAUACUUGGAGAGUUAUAUCAAACCUACCGAUUACGAUGAGUUGAUUCCAUCGUACUAACUUCAACAGGCAAAUUGGAAUUCGACUGCGUCUGAUUGCUUACUACCAUACGCACAGAUAAUUUAAAUCAAUUUUACACAUCUUAGUCC